UCACCAUCUGUUUAAAAGACUCACAGACACAUUCACUCAUGUUUGUUGGUCAGUUCAGUCCGGUCGUUCAUGAGUUAACAUACAACUGAUAAAUCUCAUACAAGCAGCAACUAUAUGACAAAAGUUGUAAAACAAAAUCUUCAACUUAUUGCAAACAUUGGAUUUUAGUAAAGCAUACACCAUAAACAGUGCAGAUCAUUUUUGUGGACCAUCAGAUUCCAAAGGUUGAGACUGAAAGCUGAAUUCAGGAGCAUCUAUGGCCCAAUAUGACCAACUGGAGGAUAAAGACUCGCUGGAUAUUCACGAUAACCCACCAGCACCAGACAAUGUGGUCAAAGAGGAUGACAACACUGUGUAUUUUGUGUAUGAUGAAGAGGUGGAGGAAGAAGAGGCUCCUCCUCCUCCAACCCCAGAGCCUGUAGUCAUCAUCAAUGACAGGCCACACAAAUUUAAGGACCACUACUGCAAGAAACCCAAAUUUUGUGAUGUUUGUGCACGAAUGAUUGUCCUCAAUAAUAAAUUUGCCUUGCGCUGCAAAAACUGCAAGACAAACAUUCACCACUCGUGUCAGUCGUAUGUCCAGUUCCAGAGAUGCUUCGGAAAAAUACCUCCUGGGUUCAGACGGGCGUAUAGCUCUCCUCUCUAUGAUCAAGAGAUCAAUAACCCAGGUCAGCAGAACCGAACGGACCCGGUGUUCGACACACUGAGAGUGGGCGUGAUCAUGGCCAAUAAAGAGAGGAAGAAAGGAUCAGAAGACAAGAAGAAUAUGAUGAUGAUGAUGAUGGAAGAGGAGGAAGCCCAACAGCCAAAAGAGGACGAAGAGGUGGUUGAAGGAAAGCAAGAUGGAGAUAAGAAAGAUAAGACGGCUGCAGAUGAUAAGAAUAAGAAGCAGCAGCAGACGUUUAGUCAGUCUCAUUAUUAUCUGGCUUUAUAUCGAUUUAAAGCCAUUGAGAAAGAUGACCUGGACUUCCAUCCAGGUGAUCGUAUUACAGUUCUGGAUGAUUCGAAUGAGGAGUGGUGGAGGGGUAAGAUUGGUGAGAAGACGGGUUACUUACCCAUGACGUACAUCAUCAGAGUUCGUACAGGAGAGCGCACCUAUAAAGUGACACGGUCUUUUGUGGGAAACAGAGAGAUGGGCCAGAUCACACUGAAGAAAGAUCAGAUUGUGGUGAAGAAAGGAGAAGAAGUGAAUGGAUAUCUGAAGGUCAGCACCGGCCGUAAACUGGGCUUCUUUCCAGCUGAUCUGUUAGAGGAGAUCUGAGUGAACCAUUGAGAAAGAGUUCACAGAGAACAGAAGAAAAAAUCCCUGCGUCCCAGUUCACAUAAAGCACUC